UUUUAUCGAACAUUGUAAAUCAUAAAUUCUACCUGUCACAUUGUAAGGGGCACAUCAUUAGAGGGAAAGAUACUCCGGGCCCGCAAACCCUGUUCUGUAAGAUUGCAGGAGGCGAAUUGGGUGACGGGUGGAAUUUGGAAACAUAACCAUUUUCUAGAAAAUUUAAUUUGAAGCAUAGAUUCUGCUCGGCUUUUGGUCGCUUAAAGGAUCGAACGCGGAACUUUUAAGAAGUUUUUCGACCUUGACUUAUGCAGGGCAUAAAUGGUAGAAUUUGGGAAAAAGUUAAAGCAAUGGCAAUAUCAAGAAUGGGAACGCUAUUACAUAAAUUACAAACUAAUGAAGAAGAAGGUGAGACGUUAUGCUCAACAAGUUCAAGAGGAAAAGAUUGAUCGUCGGCAAGUUCUAAAGGAGAUGUCAACUAUGUUAGAUAAGCAGAUUGAGAAGACUGUACUUUUUCUUCUAGAACAGCAAGGGUAUCUAGCUAGCAGAUUGGAAGGUUUAGGUGAAGAGCGUGAAGUGGUAAUGCAGAACAAUGAGCUGUCUCAGGUGCAUGAACUGCAACAAGCAUACACUUCUGUUGGUCAGGACCUAUUGAAACUGCUCCAUUUUAUUGAGAUAAAUGCAAUUGGACUGCGUAAGAUACUGAAAAAAUUUGACAAGCGAAUUGGAUACCAAUUUACAAAUUACUAUGUAUCAAGUCGUUCAAAUCAUCCUUACUCUCAACUUCGACAAAUAUUCAAACACGUGGGUCUGGAAGCUGUUGUUGGUGCAUUAUCUCAUGGUCUUGUAGAGCUUCAACAUAAUAAAGGGAGCUACUUAUCUAUUUAUGAUCAGCCAGAAAGAAUGCAUGAAUCAAAGGACCCUGUCAUACAAUUGAUUAAAUCUGCAGUAGAGCGGCUUACACACUCUACAAACUUUCUAAGUUUUAUUGGCCAACAUGCUCUCAUAAUUCAAGAGGAACUACCUAGUCCACCUGGAGAACAUGUGGAGGAGCAGGAUUAUCAUGUCAUGUCUCUGGCAUUGAAUCUUGUGAACACUUUCCUUUAUAUGGUCAAUACUUACAUCAUUGUCCCGACAGCAGAUGACUAUGCAAUCAGCUUGGGAGCUUCUGCAACAUUGUGUGGUGUAAUUGUUGGAUGUAUGCCUAUUUCACAGUUAGUGUCAUCAGUUUUUUUAAGUGCAUGGUCCAACACUUCUUAUUUCAGGCCGCUUAUUUUCAGCAGCAUUGCUCUUUUUCUUGGAAACAUACUCUAUGCAACAGCAUAUGAUAUAGAUUCAAUAAUCAUUCUUCUUCUUGGAAGACUGCUUUGUGGUUUCGGUUCCGCCAGAGCUGUUAAUCGACGCUAUAUUAGUGACUGUGUACCAAUCAGCAAACGUUUGCAGUCCUCUGCAUAUUUUGUAAUUGCCAGUGCUCUCGGAAUGUCAUGUGGGCCUGCGCUUGCAGGUUUACUCCAAAUUAACAAAACUUUUCUUGGGCUUACCAUGAACCAAAGUACUCUGCCUGGCUGGGUAAUGUCAGCGUUAUGGAUAUUCUAUCUUUUAUGGCUUUGGAUAUCAUUCAAAGAACCUCUCCGCAAAGAUGAUGGUGCAGAUUCAGUCCGGGCUGGAAACAAUGGUUCAGUUCAACAUGACAUGGAUGAUGAUAGUUUGACUGAGCCACUUGCUCAAAGUCUAGAGGCAAGAGAAGAGGAGGGUAUCCUAGAUACAAAUGGUAAUGGUGGAACACAUGAUAUAUCACGCCAGCCAGCAAACUCAUUUUUUGAAGCAUAUAAAUUUGUUAGUCGUCCUGUAAAGGUGAUGCUACUAAUCUAUUUUAUGCUCAAGUAUGCAACAGAGAUGGUGAUUUCUGAAUCCAGCGUUAUUACAGCAUAUUAUUUUAACUGGACAACUAGUACAGUGGCUAUUUUUCUUGCACUCCUUGGACUGACCGUGUUGCCUGUCAAUCUCAUUCUUGGAAAUUAUAUUGGCAAUAUAUUUGAGGAUAGGCAACUCAUUAUUGCUGCUGAGAUACUUACUUGUUUGGGUAUAUUAAUCACCUUCAAAUAUCCAUCACACUAUUCGGUUGCACAGUAUGUCACUGGAUCAUUUGUCACUUUUGUAUCAGCAGAAGUUCUUGAAGGUGUAAAUUUGUCUCUGUUAUCAAAGGUUAUGUCUUCAAGGCUAGCUCGGGGAACCUACAAUGGAGGUUUAUUGUCAACAGAAGCUGGAACAUUGGCCAGAGUGUUGGCAGAUCUGUCUAUUACAUUUGUAGGUUACCUGGGAACAAAACACCUACUUGACUUAACACUUCUCCCUUCACUUUUUAUUGGAAUUUUAUCAAUUGCUGCAACCUACUAUACCUACAAUUUACUCUACUAGGUCUAUGCCAAUACAAAUUUAGUGGACAGAUCAUUGAUUUUCCUGUGAUUCAACAUACAAUUCAGUUUAUUAAGAGACAUCGAUCUCAUAUUUUACGGGAGAUGAAAAGACCUUUGGUUUUAAUGUUUGUUCUAGUCUAAGUUUGAACUAUCAAGUGCCUUUUCUGCUCUGCUAGUAAAUUUGGCUAGCAGUUAAGAGCGGGAAUCUUGAGAUAUCAAUAAUGUUGUAAGCUUCUUGCUUGUCAUUGGUUUUUCUGGUUUCCUUAAUGGGCCUAAGUCCUUUCAGGCUGCUCUUAA